UUGUCGUAAAGAUGGCAAGUAGCUCGAAAGUUGAGACAAACAAUGGCGAAUCUGGAGCAAUCGACGAAGGCGUUUUCGAAGAGAUGAAGUCUUUGCUUCACGAAUUUGAGCAGGUAGAAACAGAACUUGCACGACAACAAGUGAAACUUUUGGCUCCAAUUUACGAAAAACGACGGAAAAUCUUUGAAAAAAUUCCAAGGUUUUGGACAACAGCCUUCAUGAACCACCCACAUGUCGCCCAGUUUUUAGAUUCUGAUGAUUUUGAGGUUGUUCAAUGCCUCAACGAACUAAUUAUUGAAAGAGACGAAAUAAAUUUGGAUAAUUAUAAGAUCAAAUUGACAUUUUCUGAAAAUCCCUAUUUCACAAACACUGAAAUUGUAAAGGAAUUCUCGGUAGAUGCGGAAGCACGACGUCAUAUAAAAACCACUGAAAUUGCAUGGAACGACGGCAAG